AUGGACCCCAACAGCGAGAAUAAGAAGCAUCGAACAACGCCAGAAUGGGCUCAAUAUCAGCGCGAGAAUCUCUGGGCGGCGAAUGAAGGCAAAGUCCCUCCGUUCAAUACUGAUCCCGGCAAACUCGAGGAGCGAGCGCAAGAAAAGUUGACCGAAGGCGGCUGGUUCUACGCCUCUUCCAAUGCCGGCCAAUCCGAAACCCAUCUCGCCAAUCGCCAGGCCUUCUACCGACACAAAAUCGUCCCGCGCAUGCUCGUCGACACCAACAAGCGCGACACCGCCGCCGAAAUCUGGGGCCACAAAGUCAGCGCCCCCAUCGGCUUCGCCCCCAUCGGCAUCAACAAAAUCUACAACAAAGACGGCGAACUGCCCGUCGCCAAGGUCGCAGCCGAGCUGAACCUGCCAUACGCCCUCUCCACCGCCGGCUCUCAGCCGAUCGAGGCGGUGGGCAAGGCCAAUGGCAACGGCCCGCGUUUCUUCCAGCUGUACAUGCCGCACGAUGACGAGCUGACCAUCUCGCUCCUCCAACGCGCCCACGACUCGGGUUUCACCGCUUGCAUCCUCACCGUCGACACUUGGCAACUAGGCUGGCGGCACAAUGAUGUGGCCACUUCCGACUACGCCUUCUAUUACGGCGUUGGCGCUGAUCUCGGCCUGUCCGACCCAGUGUUCAAGAAGAGAUUGGCGGCCGCUGGCAUCGAUCCAGUCAAGAACCCCAAUGAAGCCGGGGCUUUCUGGAUUGACCAGGUGUGGCAUGGACGUGCUUGGUCGUGGGAAAAGAUCCCCUGGCUCAUCCGCACGUGGAAGGAGAUCAGUGGUGGCAAGCCCUUUGCCAUCAAGGGCGUUCAGAGCGUGCUCGAUGCCAAAAAAUGCGUGGAACUAGGCUGCGAUGGCAUUGUCGUCUCGAAUCACGCGGGUAGACAGGUGGACGGGGCUAUUGCAAGCCUGGAUGCACUGGAGAACAUUGCCAAUGCUGUCGGUGACAAGAUCUACAUCAUGUACGACUCGGGAAUCCGAGGAGCCGCCGACAUCUUCAAAGCCCUGGCAUUAGGCGCUAAAUUUGUGUUCGUGGGACGUUUAUGGGUCUAUGGUCUCUCCAUCAUGGGCGAGACCGGCGUUCGACACGUCAUGAAGGGGCUCUUAGCGGACCUUGACAUUAUGUUUAAUGUCGCUGGAUGCCAAAAUGUCGGCCAAAUCGACCGGACUUGGCUUGAGAGUCAUCCCAAGGGAGGCUCGCUUCUUCGAGAGCGAAGUAAGAUCUGA